UCGGUGGGUCAGGUAGCUGUCCUUCCAUGGAGCCUGCGGCGGGGGACGAGGGGAAUGGAGGAGGCGCGGCGAGUGAACACUCGGUGAAUAGGAUCCCAGUCCCAAGACCUCCUUCCAUUGAGGAAUUCACCAUAGUGAAACCCAUUAGCCGUGGCGCUUUCGGGAAAGUGUAUCUGGGGCAGAAAGGCGGCAAGCUGUACGCAGUGAAGGUUGUUAAAAAGGCAGACAUGAUCAACAAAAAUAUGACUCAUCAGGUACAAGCUGAAAGAGAUGCGCUAGCACUUAGCAAAAGUCCUUUCAUUGUCCACUUGUAUUAUUCAUUGCAAUCAGCAAACAAUGUCUAUUUGAAUUUUUUAAAAAUAUUCACAGCAGUACUUAUAUUUGUAACAAUUUAUGAAUCUAAACAUAAUGAAAAUAAUUCUAGAAACACUUGCAACUGUCCGAAUGGUCUUGAAACACUUACUUCCAACCCAGGAGUGCCUGUGAAAUGUUUAACUUCUAAUCUGCUCCAGUCUAGGAAAAGGCUGGGGACAUCUAGUGCCAGUAGCCAGUCCCACACCUUUGUGUCCAGUGUGGAAUCAGAAUGUCACAGCAGUCCCAAGUGGGAAAAUGACAGCCAGGAAAGUGACAAGGCAUUGGGCUCUGCAAUGAGUUGGAAUACAGUUGAAAAGUUCUGUAUGAAAUCCACGGAUGCCAUCGAGACCAAAAGUUUCCAUAAAAAGGAACUUGAAUUAGUCCUUUCUCCCAUUCAUAACAGCAAUGUUAAUCCUGCCACUGGAAACUCUUAUGUAAAACUUGGUAAAAAAUGCUUCUCUGGGGAAGCUUCUUGGGCAGCAAGAGAACUGGACAUUAAUAAUGUAAACAUGACUUCUGACAAAGAAGAGUCUGGCUUCUACCACUCAAAUCAGUGGGCUGUGGAUUCUAGUGGUAUGUCUGAAGAGCCUCUUGGGAAAAGAAAUUUAAAAAGAAGUUUUCAGUUGAUUGACUCUAGUCCUUGUCAGGAAAUCAUACAGAAUAAAAAAAAUUGUGUAGAAUAUAAGCAUAAUAGUGAAAUGACACAUUGCUAUACAGAUCAAAGUACAAGCUUAACAACUGAAGUCCAGAAUCUUAAGCUCUCACUGUAUAGAAGUCAGCAAAAUGAUUAUGCCAAUAAGGAGAACAUUGUCGAUUUUUUUACUGAUAGGCAACAAACACCAGAAAAAUUAUGUAUUCCAAUGAUAGCAAAAAAUCUCAUGUGUGAACUAGAUGAAGAUUGUGAAAAGAUGAAUCAGAAGGACGACCUAAUUUCUACUUCUCUAUGUUCUGAUGAUGAUAGAGCUCCUAAAAGUAUAUGUAUGGACUCAGAUUCAUCUUUUCCUGGGAUUUCUAUGAUGGAAAGUUCAUUAGAAAGGCAGUCCUUAGAUCCAGAUAAAAGCAUCAAAGAGUCCUCUUUUGAAGAAUCAAAUAUUGAAGAUCUUAUUGUAUCACCAAACUGUCAAGAAAAGAACUUUCCAAAAGAUGUUGAGAACCCUGCUGUCCAAGACAGUAACCAAAAAAUGUUAGCUCCUUCUUCAGAGGUGUUGAAAACAUUAACUCUCUCUAAGAGAAAUGCUGUCGCUUUUCGAAGUUUUAACAGUCAUAUUAAUGCAUCGAAUAACUCAGAACCAUCCAAGAUGAGCAUUACUUCUUUUGAUGCAAUGGAAGUUUCAGGUGUUUAUAGUGGUUCAUAUCCCAUGGCCGUAACGCCUAUUCAAAAGCGAAGAUCCUGGAUGCCAUAUCAGCAGACCCCAAGUAAUGUCAAGUCAGGAACUUCAUACCGUACUCCAAAGAGUGUCAGAAGAGGGGCAGCCCCAGUGGAUGAUGGGAGGAUUCUAGGAACCCCAGACUACCUGGCACCUGAGCUCUUAUUGGGCACAGCUCAUGGUCCUGCAGUGGACUGGUGGGCACUUGGAGUAUGCUUGUUUGAAUUUCUAACAGGAAUUCCCCCGUUCAAUGAUGAAACAGCACAACAAGUAUUCCAGAACAUUCUGAAAAGAGAUAUCCCUUGGCCAGAAGAUGAAGAAAAGUUAUCUGAAAAUGCUCAAAACGCAGUGGAAAUACUUCUAACCAUUGAUGAUACCAAGAGAGCUGGAAUGAAAGAACUGAAACAUCAUCCUCUCUUCAAUGAUGUGGAUUGGGAAAAUCUCCAGCAUCAGACUAUGCCUUUCAUUCCUCAACCGGAUGAUGAAACCGACACAUCCUAUUUUGAAGCCAGAAAUAAUGCUCAGCACCUCACUGUAUCUGGAUUUAGUCUAUAGCACAUAAGUAUUUCUGUUAUCUAACCUUGUAUUGUAGAAGAAACGUUUUAUAAUUUUGUGCCCAAGUCAAUAGAGCUUUUAAUGUAUGCAACAGCUUUCACAGAACUUAUAUGCUGUAAGGAGUAUACUUAGUAAGUUAAUCUAGAACUGUAUAUAAAUCUUCAAAGCUUAUUUAUUUUGUUUAUUGCACUUUAUCAAAAGUAAAGCACCAGUGGAAUGACACUACCACUAACAGCCUAAAGUUGGUCUCUAUUGACUUCAGUCUACCAUUCUGUUUGGUGUUAAAAUAAUAACUCUCCCACUCCCCCACCCCCAAAAAAGUGUACAGUUUCAUUUGAAUGUAAUUUGUUUGUACACAAGUGCCUCUAAAACUAUAUUCUCAAGGUUAGUCAUUUAAGGUCAUGUGUAUAACCUAAAAUGUAGCUAGAAAAUUUCUCUACUCAGUGGUUUAAUUGCUUUGAGAAAUGAGGAAUAAACAAAACGACUUAAGUUUUACUUUAGUUAACUAAUGAUAUAGUUCUGCUGCCUUAACUGCUUUUGGUGUUUGUAUCUAUAUUACAUAUUUGUUUAAAAUAAUAAGGGAGGUUAGGUGUGAUACACUGUAAGCAGUUUUAAUACCUUGUUCAACUUUUAUAGAAAAUGUGAUGCUUUUUAAUCUAUGGCCAUUUGUAACUUAAUAUUUAUCCUUAAAAUAACAGUUUACUUUUCUAAGUAAAUAUAAUUAGAACAAGCAGAUUAUCUGUCAAAAUAAUUGUUUUCAAAAUGCACAUAGCAAGAUUUAGCUAAUAUGUCAUAUCUGAAAUCAUUGAGGCUUUCAGCACAUAUAACUCAUAAAAGAGCAAAAUUUAAAUUUAAAAAUACCAUAGGUAAGUUUUCUGUUAAUAGUCUAUUAAAUACUGUUGUUCGUUUGCA